GUUGCCAUCUUUGUUUGUUGUAUGUCGUCUGGCGGCCAGUUUGAGUUAUGAAAAGCAGCCGAAGAAGAAAAGAAUUUCAAGUUUUGAACGUAGCUUUAAUUAUGCACAAAGUUUCUUAAUUAUCUCUUAAUUUUCCUACUUUAUAGUUACUACGAAGGGGCAAUAUGACAACAAACGAUCAAAAUGCACGGCUUAAGAUUAGGACUAAACGUCCUCUACGUGAUCAGUCGUUCUUCCUUUAUUUAAAGCACAGAAACAUCGACGAAAGCAAAUUACAGAAGUCUAUUGAGCGUUUGGGUGGUAAAAUGGAUAAGUUUUUUAGUAAAGACAUCACGUGUUUGCUAGUGGAUGACGAUUACGGCAGUCAAUGCUCUGGUUUAGAACCUUCUACUUCACCUCAGAUAAUAUCUCCGGCUACCGAAUGCGAAAAAUCUGGUACUCUGACUCUUUAUUCACGAGGUUUGAGUCUCCUUCGACGUUCCAAGGGGAAUGCCGACGUGGGAGAUUCUUCUACCAACGGUUUUAGACCUAAACACACCGUUCUGGAUAAAGCGCAGAUGUGGGGCAUCAAAAUAACUCGCAUUACAAAAUUCAUGGAAUGGAUAAAGGCACAGAUGGUUAAGCAAAGGAACAACUAUUUGGAAAACUCCAAAAGUAAAGACAAAGAAAUUAUUUCCUUAUCGGCACCGUUUAUUAAAAUUGAAGAUCUCGCCGGAAAAUAUCAAUCGCAGUACAAGAUGUUCGUCCGCCAACCCCGUCUCUUUUUCGAGGUCGGUUAUUGUGAGAGUCCGUUCGACAGCUUGCCGGUGCAGCAAAACUGCAAUGUGUUAAAAGACGAUUGCUCUAGUCACGAACUUAAUCAAACGAAGAGUGUUCUCGAAGUUAGGCCCGUGAAAGAAAAGAAUAAAGUUCGAGGAAGAAACAAAUAUCUGAAAGCUGUGAAACCUCGGAGGCAUCAUUUCUGCGAAUGUUGUAAAUGUACAUUUUAUAAUUUAAGUCAUCAUAUGAAUGAAAUGGAACAUCAGAAGUUUAUUAACAACAGUAAAAACUAUGAUUGUGUAAUAGAUGUUAUGAAAUAUUUUCCAAGUAUAGAAGAAUUUAAAAUGAAAAAUAUUAAUGCUAAUUCUAAAGAAAAAAUAAUGCUGUAAUUUAGUUUCCUAGUUAAUGUGAUUUCAAAGUUUUGUUGAAAAAAAACUACGUAACUAUGAAUAAUUACAUAUGAAAUUUGAAGAAAGCUUUCUAGUAUUGAAUUAAUUUUAUUGUAAUAUAAAAAAGAGGAUUGAAAAACUUUAAUCUUAAAUUUGUCAGGAAAGUAUUAUAUACAUCAUAUUUAUUUUCAAAACAAAAUGUAAUUAUAAUUAAUGCUUCAUUAUUCUUUAUAUAAUGGAGAAUAACAUGUACAUUUACUUAUAUCUUUCUACAUAACAUACAUACAUAUAUAUAUAUUUACACAUACAUAUACUAAAGA